AUUGUCACAGUCACCCUUAUUUCUAACCGUAUUCAUCUUCACGCUGAAUCUAGCAGGGUUGUCGUCAGUAUGAUCCCUCACGGGUUUCUGCCUCCUACACGGCCAGAUUUAUCAAACCUGAACAAGAUUGUAUUCCAUGCCUUCUCCCUUGCUAUUGUAAGCUACUUCCUUCUUGUUUUUGUGGGAAAGAAGUAUGCUUCACUUCACAACUACAAUAUUGCCAGCAAUCAGGAGCUAAUAGCUGUGGGGCUAUGCAAUAUUUCCAGCUCAUUUUUCAAAAGUUUUGCUGUCAGCUGUGCUCUUUCUGGAACUGUCAUUCAAGAGAAGACGGGUGGCAGAACCCAG